AUGCUAAAUAAUGAGGCCUACGCUCCACCACUCCACUCCCUCCCCCGAUCACCGUCCUCCGUCUGCUACACCCCAACCAAUGCCUCCAAACCUCUCCGAGCCACCACCACCUCCUCCUCCUCCUCUGUCACCAUGAAAAACAUCAACUCCAACAACUCCAAUGACGACUUUGAAGCCUCGGCCGCGUCCUUUGCACCCGCCACGCUAUUCGUGAUCUACGCCCGUAACCGCAUCGGCCUCCUCGGCGCCUAUUUUUCUACUGUUUAUGUUGAUGUGGCAACUCUCACCAUAUUUAGUUCUUCAAUCAAGAGACGAGAAGAAGAAGCUGAGGGGAUCACAUUGAUCAUGGGGUGGCCAAUCAUAUUUCUUUUCCCACCACCAGAUUCACUGUUCAUCACAGCCAUGGCAGUCAUCAGCUUCACAGGGUGUGCUCAUGCCGGGUUAUCGGAGGUGAGAGGGAUCCACCUGCAGUAUUCCAAGUUCUGGAAAUCUGGUUCUCAGAAAUCAAAUCAGAUUUACAUAUCCGCUAGAAGAGGCAUGCAGCUUGCUUAUACUCCCCCAUUUCUAGCUGGGCUCACUUCGUUGGUGUUCUUUCCCCAUUGCGAUGACAUCAGAUACCUUUUGCUCUCUUCAGCUCUCAUCAUUCACUUCCUCAAAAGACUGUUGGAGGUUCAGUUUGUUCACAAGUACAGUGGAGGGGUAGCGCUUGAUUCUGGGAUUACUAUUACUGUCAGUUACUUGAUGUCUACUGUGGCUGCAAUUUAUGCUCAGCACCUUACAAUAACCCAAGGGCUACGGGAGCCACCAAUUGAUUUAAAGUACCCUGGAAUUCUAUUGUUUCUGCUUGGGAUAUCUGGUAAUUUCUAUCAUCACUACCUUCUUUCCCAACUGAGAUCAUCUUCCUCUUUGUUUCGGUCACACUCACAAACCAAUGACGAUAAGGAGUACAAAAUCCCAAGGGGUGGAUUGUUUGAGCUAGUGAUAUGCCCUCACUAUCUCUUUGAAAUCAUAGAAUUUGUAGGAUUCUCUUUUAUUUCUCAGACCUUGUAUACAUUCGCCUUCGUGGUCGGAACAACAUUCUAUUUGAUUGGUAGGAGCUAUGCUACAAGGAAAUGGUAUCUUUCUAGGUUUAAACAUUUUCCCCAAAAGGUCAAGGCUCUCAUCCCAUAUCUUUAUUAAAUCAUAUACUCAUGUUUGUAUCAAACUAUAAAUCAUCCUGUUGGAUAUUUCAUGGUUAAUCCUGUCUGUUUCACUAAAUGAAGCUCUCGUAGUGGUUGAAAAGGCAUCGGUUUGAGUUUCCUUGACGUCAAAUGAUAGCAGGUUUGGGACUGAGCUCGUUUGAGAUCAGGGCAUAGCUGAUGGAGCCCUAAUAGAUCAGGGUUUAAUUCCCUGAGAGUAGAAACACUUAUGUGAGUUUUCUAUGUAGGGCUAGUUGAAUGAGAAUGUAGGAGGCAAGGUUUUUUUUAACUCUCGUAUGGACUUGUUAAAUAUGAGCUCCUUAGUGAUCUGUAAUACU